UGACACAUAAAGGUUAAGAUAGUUUAGUCUAAAAAUGUCCAUUGCAAAAUCAUCCUUAGUAGCGAUCAGUCGAUUAAGUUGGAAACUUAGAGUUUCAAAUAAAAUUUUGAAAAAGUCAAGAAUGGAGAACAAUCUGAAAAAAGACAAUAAUAAUAUAGAUGCAGCAAACUUAAAGGUUUUAGAAGAUUUAUCUGGUGAUUGGUGGGAUCCGAACUCUGAGGUCAUUUGCUUACAUUCUAUUAAUCCAGUGAGGAUAUCACUCAUUCGUGAUGAAUUAAUUAACACUGGAAGAAUAAAGGCUGCAGAUAGAAACAAACCGGAUGUAUUAAAAGGAUUUCAUAUCCUCGAUGUUGGAUGUGGUGCUGGUGUUCUUGCUGAACCUUUAGCACGAAUGGGUGCAAAAAUUACAGCAAUUGAUCCAUCGGAAGUUCUUAUAAAAGUAGCUAAGGAACAUCUUGGCAAUGAACCAUUGGACAUUGAAUAUAUGGUACAGUACAUUGAGGAACAUUCAAUCAAUAAUCCUGAAAAAUAUGAUGUAGUUAUUGCCAGUGAAGUAAUUGAGCAUGUACCCGACCAAAGAGCACUCCUCGAUGAAUUGUCAAAAUGCGUAAAGCCAAAUGGAAGUAUUUUCAUUACAACACCAAAUAGAACUCUAAUCUCAUGGUUUGGAAUGCUUAUUGCUGAGCAUAUACUUGGAAUUCUCGCAAAAGGUGCUCACGACUGGUAUCAUUUCAUCAGACCAUCGGAAGUUGAAAAAAUAUUAAAUGAAAAAAAUUGUAAAACGGUCGCAGUGCGUGGAAUCUGGUAUACUCCAUUCUUUAAUAUAUACAAUAUUAUUAGAUAUGCUGGAAUGCACUAUGGACUUCAUGCAAUCAAACAAGAAAAUAAGAAAAAUAAGUAAAACUAGUUUAGACGAGGUUAUUAAUGACUGGUUUUUCCGAUGCAACAAUAAGUUUAAAGAACAAAAAUAUAGACGGCCACACUUUAGGAAAUAAAGGGUUUUACUUGGUUUUAUGCUUGAUGUUAAUUCUCACAUUAUUGGUGCACUGAUACACUUUUGAUAUGCCUAGUAAAGGAUCGUUUACUUAUGACGUCCGAAAUUAACGGUCAUUUUUCUUUGAAUCAAGAACAAUGGAUUUCCAGGAAUUUCCAUUGUUCUUUUCUUGUUGACCCCCCCUCCCUAGGACGUCGUAAGUAAACGGCCAUUAAUGUGCAUAUAUAUAUAUAUAAAAAAAGAAUUAAUUUGAAACAGACCGAAAAUAAAUUUACAUUUUUGUUGAAUUUUUAAUUUUUAUAAUUUUUCACAGAAGUCGCCAAACGCAUGAGUAAUAUUUUGUGAACUUCUUUUGGCAUUUU